AUGGUACGGCUGCAAGGGCUGCUGGGCAAGACCCAACCGGAAGAUAAGCUGAAAUACCACGAGAUAUUUCAGCAAUAUAUCAGAGACGGAUUCAUCGAAGAAGCCGACCGAGGAUUCAACGGUGACUGCACAUACUUACCUCACCGACCGGUGAUUAAAGUUAGCGCGGAAACCACGAAAAUUCGGCCGGUGUUCGAUGGAUCAGCACAUAUGAAGGAAAGACCUAGCAUCAACGAUGCUUUAGAGAUUGGGCCGAAUCUAAACCCGGAAGUGUUGGCGGUCUUGUUGCGUUUCCGACAGAAUCGGAUAGCCUGGACCGCCGAUAUAACUCAGGCGUUUCUCCAAGUCGAGAUCCGCCCGGAGCACGGGCAACUGAUAAGGUUCAUCUGGGUCGAUGAUCCUAACAAAUCCCAGCCUAAAUUCAUCGAAUAUCGUUGGAAAAGAGUACCGUUCGGGCUGUCAUGCAGCCCGUUCAUUCUCAAGGCUGUUAUCCUCAAACACCUGAAAGGGUUUGAAGGAAUAUACCCCGAGACAGUGCGGCAGCUACAACAGCAGUUUGCAGAGUUGAUUGAGAGACUGCCGGAGGUCCAAUUCAAAGAGACGGUCACAAACGUGACAACUGAGGGCAAGUCAGCCACGAAAGCCUUAGGGGUGAUCUGGGAGCCCGCGUCGGACAAAUUCAGGUUUGAUCCGGCGCAGGUACUUAGAGAAGCCCGCGAAAUUGGUGACAGACCCACCAAACGGAAGCUUUUCAGCCUGGCACUGAAGAUCUUUGACCCCUUGGGUCUCAUCGCUCCGGUGACGUUGGUGGGGAAACUCAUCAUGCAAAAGGUGUGGUUGGCGGGCUCAGGAUGGGAUGAGCCCAUUCCAAUCGAGGUGAUACCUCAUUGGAAAACAUUCAUUGAUGGAAUAACAGAGCUGAGGAAUACCUGUCAGCCCCGAUGGUCGGGAGAUCAUGAAGGGAGACUCCAUCUUUUCUGCGACGCAAGUAACGACGCCUACAGUGUGGUGGCGUACUUGCAGAGAAUCGAUGGGGAAGACCCAGUGAUGCUGUGCAGCAAAACGAGAGUAGCGCCGGACCCUAAGAAAUCAGUCUCGAUCCCGAGGCUGGAACUUCUAAGUGGGUUACUGGCUGCGAGGCUCGGGAGCUACGUCGAGAAAGCGACGGAAACAGUCAUCAAGAGAAAACUUCUGUGGACCGAUUCGGCGAUAGCCUUCUGGUGGAUGAAGGGCGAGGCUGGUCGGUGGAAGCAGUUUGUUUACAAUAGGGUGACAGAGAUAAGACAGACAGUGGAAACUGAAGAAAUCAGGCACUGCCCAGGGUUACAAAACCCGGCGGACGUAGCAUCCAGAGGAGCUACGGCCGCACAGUUAAACGCACAAAAGAGUUGGUGGACUGGCCCAUCUUGGAUGGGGAAAGAGAAGGAGUGGCCCCAGUCACCAAGCUCAGCGACCGAGCUCCAAUUACAGGAGGUCUCGGUCGAAGAAAAGACAGUCGAAGUAACGCAAUGCGCGAUAUCAACCGAAGCAAAGUGGUACGAAAGAUUCAGCUCCAUGCGAGUCAUGGUCAGAGUCUUGGCCACGAUGCUAAGGGCGAUUAAAAAAUUCAAAGGCCAAGAUAGUCCGGAAAGCCCGGUGGCAACGGUCAGACAUCGGGGAAGAAGGUUGAAAUUCCCCGUGUUGACAACAGAAGAGACUCGAGAGGCAACGAUCGAGCUCUACAAAGAAGCCCAGGCGACUCACUACGGAGCAGUGGUGAAGAGCUUUAAAGCUGGGAAAACAGAAGUCCCACAUGAGUUGAGGAAACUCGGCCUCGUGUGGGACAGGAAAGACGAGUUAAUCAGGUGUCGAGGCCGGCAUCUAAAUUGGAUGGAAUACAAUAAAAAAGCAGCGCUCAUUCUGCUACCGGCCGAACACAUCAUAACAAAGAGACUGAUUGAACAAACGCAUCUUCGGUUGAAACAUACCGGAGUGAAAACCAUGAUGGGAGCACUCAGAACGGAUUUCUGGAUUCCGAAGAUGCGGCAGACCAUCAAAAAAGAGACAAGCAAGUGCACGAGAUGCCAGAGAAUGGACUCGAGACACUUCGAUGAAAUACCGGCGCCCCUACCGUUGGACCGCCUGCAAAUGUCGAACCCGUUCACGAUAACGGGGGUAGAUUUCGCAGGCCCGUUCCCAGUAGAGUCGCCGGCAAAUAGCGGUCACAAGACGAAAGUAUACGUGUGUCUCUUUACCUGCGCCGUAACUAGAGCUGUUCAUCUCGAAGUUACGACCGACCAGGAGAUCUCCACGUUUAUCUUCGCGCUAAGACGAUUCUUUGCUCGGAGAGAGUACCCAAGGGCGCUCUACUCUGAUAACGCAGGAACGUUUACGCUGGCCGCUAAGUACCUCAGAGCAGCGUACAGAGACAGCAGAAUGUUUAACACCCUGGUUGAUCUCAACAUAAAGUGGAGGUUCUCGCCGAGUUUGGCCCCUUGGUGGGGCGGAUUCUGGGAGAGGAUGGUGCAGACCGUUAAACGGCUGCUAUAUAAAACAUACGGAAGUGAUUGUAUGGAAUACGAUCUAUUCCAAACGGUGUUGACGGAGAUCGAAGAUACCAUCAACACCAGACCGUUGACAUACGUGGCAGAAGACGAUACGGAACCGCUAACACCCAAGCAAUUGGUCACAGGCUACCGACAACAGCAGCAUCACCCGGUCGAUGACGAGGAGAGAGAAUACUCGGACCGGGUGACACUGACAAAGAGAGAGAGGCUUAGGAGAAACCUAGUCGCUCAAUGGUGGAAAGAUUUCUACACGGAAUAUGUGAUGGAUCUGGAGUAG